CUCAGAGAGCUGACAAAACCCUACCCCUUUCAAGUUUCCAAACCACCACCAACACCUACAUUUCUUUCUGACUCGACCACUCCGAAGCUCAGAGUUAGAGAGAAUCUGUUCAGAGAUGGCGACAAGCUUCGCAACCGCAUCGACCGUCGUAGGCCUCGGAAGCUCGCUCUCGUCCAAGAGGACAUGCCUCUCUUCAGACUUUGUGAAGCCUGUUAUGGUUAGGAGCCCUCUGAGGCAAGCAAAAGCUUCUGGAGGAAGGUUCACCUGCAUGAGCUUCCAGAGUGAUUGGCUGAGGAGGGAUCUGAAUGUGAUCGGGUUCGGGUUGAUCGGAUGGUUGGUGCCAUCGAGCGUUCCGGCGAUCGACGGCAAGAGUUUGACCGGGCUCUUCUUUGACAGCAUUGGAGCCGAGCUCGCUCACUUCCCCACACCUCCAGCUCUCACUUCCCAGUUCUGGUUGUGGUUGAUCUGCUGGCACUUGGGGCUUUUCAUCACCCUUACUUUUGGGCAGAUUGGCUUCAAGGGAAGGACUGACAAGUACUUUUGAAUUUGAUCCUCAUGAAGUAAAAUCUGUAUUUGAUGUCAAUUAUCUUGAUUUCUCCAACUCUCUUCUCCCCUUAAUGGUCAAACAUAUUAUUUCUUGCA